GUGAAAGAAAGGGAAAAUCAUCUGCACUGCUCCUGCGAGUGAGUUUAAUAAGGCGGUCUCAUUGCCGAAACGACCGCCAUCAUGGAUCGGUAUCAGAGGGUGGAGAAGCCGAGAGCGGAGACGCCAAUGAACGAGAACGAGAUUCGCAUCACCACUCAGGGCAGGAUGAGGAACUACAUUACCUAUGCCACCACUCUACUCCAGGAGAAAGGAUCUAAUGAAAUUUCUCUGAAAGCCAUGGGCAGAGCCAUCAACAAAACUGUGAUGAUUGCUGAAUUGAUUAAGCGAAGAAUCGCUGGUCUUCAUCAGAAUACUGCAAUUGGUUCUACUGAUAUAACUGAUGUGUGGGAGCCGCUAGAAGAGGGACUUCUUCCCCUGGAAACUACUCGCCAUGUAUCAAUUAUAACAAUUACUUUGUCCAAGAAGGAACUAGAUACAUCCUCCACAGGGUACCAACCACCUAUUCCGGUUGAUCAAGUUAGGCCCUGGACUGAAUAUGAGUAUGAAGGAGAGGGCUCUCCUAGCAUGCGUGGUAGAGGACGUGGUGGUCGAGGAAGGGGCAGAGGAAGAGGGAAUUUUAACAAUGGAGUUGUGGAGUAUAAUGGAGAUGGUGGCUUUGAUGGUGGGCGAGGGUAUGGAGGUAGAGGUCGAGGCCAUGGAAGAAGUCGUGGCUAUCGUGGGCGUGGAAGGGGCUAUGGUGGUGGGAUUUUUCAACAGGAUUUUGGUGGUUAUAAUAACUAUGGGAAUAACUAUGGAGGUGGGCCAGCCCCUGCACAAGGCCGCGGGCGUGGAAGAGGCAGGGGAAGAGGCCGUGGACGUGGUCGGGGUUUCAGAUCAGAUGGUCCUGUGCAGGCUGCUGCCUGAGUGCUAGACAAGGUAAUAAUAGGGCAGCACAUUCUUUCAUUUCUUUCGCAAAGGAGCAGAAGUUUUUACUAUAUUGUUAGGGUUUGGUGUUUUGUGUCAUGAGCUCUUCUUUGGAUCUUGAUUUUAUGAGAUAGAAAACUGUAUGCCUACUUUAGAUUUUAUGAGUACGAAAGCAUGGCACAGUCCUAUAGGUUGUAGGCUUGAGUUUGGUGCAUCUGUAAGUAGACUGGAGGUAAGGUUUAAAGUUAAAGCGCAUUCAACA